CUCCUCCGCAUCACCAGGAACAAGAGGAAGAGGCAGGACGAGAGGCACCUGUGUGAGAAGCACGACCAGGUCCUGAGCCUCUUCUGUGAGGACGACCUACAGGUGUUGUGUCCCAUGUGCGUGCAGCCCCCUGACCACCAGGGCCACCAGGUGAGGCCCACGGAGGAGGCCGCCUCUCACCACAGGCAGAGGCUGAGCGGUUACACUGAGCCGCUGAAGAAGCAGAUGGCCGACGUGCAGAAACUAGUAGCCACCCAAGAGAGAAGACUCUUGGAGCUGAGAGACCAGGUGCAGUGCCAGAAACAGAAAUUAUCGUCCGAGUUUGAGCACCUGAACCGGUCUGUGGACCGAGAGCAAAAGGCAGUUCUGUCAAGGAUAGCUGAGGAAGAGAAGCACAUUCAGCAGAAACUCUGUGGAAACAUCACCGCAUUUUCAGACCACGUUUCCGCCCUCCAGGGUCUCCUGAAGGAGGUGGCCGAGAGGAGCGUGAUGUCAGAGGUGAAGCUGCUGACAGACAUCCGGAGUAUCCAUGACAGGUGGGAGCACCGGGAGCCCCCCGCUCUCUACUCUUUCCAGUUGAGGAGAGAAGGCUGCAGCCUCCCUCCGCAGUACUUGGCCUUGCAGAAGAUCAUACAGAGGUUCCGACGAGAAGUUACUCUGGACCCUGAAACAGCACAUCCUCAUCUGCUUGUCUCUGAGGAUAAAAAGUCUGUGACAUUUGUGAGGAAAAAGCCAGGCAUCCCUCAGAAUCCAGAGAGUUUUAUGAUGGAUCCUGUUGUCCUGGGUUCUGAGGAGUUCGAUGGUGGCCGACAUUACUGGGAGGUGCAGCUGGGUGACAAGAGUGAGUGGGCCGUGGGGGUCUGUGAACACCCCCAUUCCUGGAAGGGAAAGUGGCCCCUGUCAGGAGAGAACAGACGCUGGACAAUUCAGCUGCAGAAUGGUGGCUAUGUGGCACAAGGGGCUGUUUCUGCCACUCUUGUGCUGAAGGAAAAGCCCAGAGGGGUGGGUGUUUAUCUCGACUAUGAGUUGGGGGAGAUUUCCUUUUACUGUUUGAAUAGCAGGUCUCACAUGCACUCGUUCAGGGAUGCAUUUUCUGAAGUACUAAAGCCUUACUUCUGUGUUGGGCAGGAUCCGAAGCCUCUUACGAUCUGUGGGGUAAGGGAUCUUGAAGGAUGAAUUGAGAAUUGGCUUCAUUCUCUUUCUAUACCCUAUGGACAGUAGUUAGAAUAUUGGACAAGUAUUAGUAAAUCUGGUACCAAGAAAUUUUUUAAGUACUUUUAUGAGUUAAACACAUUUUUUUCAUUUUGUUUCCUCUUUUUUGUUCUCAUAUUGUUUCAAUAGUAACAGAGAUGUUGUGGGAACUAACAAGAGAUGUGGAGAUUAACUUUUUUGGAAUUUUAAGAUUAGAAUGUAUACAUUGUAAUUUUACAGCUCCAAUAGAUUUUUUUGGAUAUGUACAUUUAUAUAUAUUACAAAUUUUAUAUACAUUUACUAUGUGGUUCUAUACAUAAGUACCUUUUAUAUUCCAGGCAAGAGAAGGUAAAAUUAUAGGGAGAUGAUUCUCAG